AUGGAUUCUCAGAUGUUUAUUGCGUCCUUGGUGAGUGGUGCCGCAGCAGGAACGUCGACCGAUCUGGCAUUUUUCCCAAUAGACACCUUGAAAACCCGGUUACAAGCUAAAGGUGGGUUUUUCGCCAAUGGUGGAUACAAAGGUGUGUACCGUGGUCUUGGGAGCGCGGUUGUUGCGAGUGCACCAAGUGCUUCUUUGUUUUUCGUUGCGUAUGAUUCGAUGAAGUGCUGGUCGCGGCCUGUUAUCGGUCAGCUUUUGCCAAAAGGUGAAGAUCAAACGGCAGAUACGCUUUCGCAUAUGGUCUCUUCUAGUUUUGGUGAGAUUUCUGCAUGUAUGGUUCGUGUUCCUGCUGAAGUGAUCAAGCAACGGACACAGACUCAUAGGACAAAUUCUUCUUUGCAAACUUUGCAGGCGUUACUACGUAAUGAGAACGGAGAAGGUUUGCGCAGGAAUCUGUACCGUGGCUGGUCCACUACCAUAAUGAGGGAAAUCCCGUUUACAUGUAUUCAAUUCCCAUUGUAUGAGUAUAUGAAGAAGAGGUGGGCCGAGGUGCAAGGUAAAGAGCGCGCCGCGCCUUGGCAGGGGUCUGUUUGUGGGUGUAUAGCCGGUGGGAUCGCUGCUGCUGCCACGACGCCAUUAGAUGUGUUGAAGACGAGAAUCAUGUUGCACCAUAAGUCCGUCUCAGCUCUUCAUUUGGCCAAGACUAUGUUGCAAGAAGAAGGUGUCAAGGUCUUUUUCAGUGGUGUUGGACCAAGAACAAUGUGGAUCAGUGCUGGUGGUGCCAUCUUCCUAGGUGUCUAUGAAACUGUUCAUUCAUUGUUCUAG